AUGCCAGCAGUACAUGAAGACUCCCCCGUGGAGACCCGAUGGUACCAACUACGGGACGCCGUUCAGUCGACCGCCCUGGCUGUCCACGGCCGCGAGCCUUGCCAGUACCAGGACUGGUUUAACGGUAACGACGCAGCCAUCAGUAACUUUCUCGCCAAGAAGAACAGGCUGCACAGAGCCUACGUCGACCGUUCAACCGAUGCGAACAUAGCAGCCUUCUACCAAUGUUGCCACCUUGCGCAACAGCGGUUGCUAAAAAUACAGGACUCCUGGAUGGCUCGCAAAGUCAAGGAGGUUCAGAGAUAUACGGACCGCAACGAAUCAAAGAAAUUCUUCAUUGCGACCAAGGCGACCUACGGUCCCCCGACGAAAAGGACGGCGCAGCUCCCAAUGGAUCAAUGCUUCUGA